GAGAGAAAAAGAGGAGAUAGGUACUCAGUGCAUCCUAAAACGUCCCCCGGCAGCUAUAAGCCUAUAGCAGCAUAUCAAGGGGCUGGACCAGGGCAAACCUGAUUCAGCCCUAACUAUAAGCUCUGUCAAAGAGGAAGGUCUUAAGUCUACUCUUAAACGAGGUGACUGUGUCUGCCUCCCGGACUGAAAUUGGAAGCUGGUUCCAUAAAAGGGGAGCUUGAUAACUAAAGGCUCUGGCUCCCAUUCUACUUUUUAAGACUCUAGGAACUACAAGUAGUCCCGCAUUUAGUGAGCGUAGCUCUCUAGUGGGGCAAUAUGGUACUACAAGCUCCUUAAGAUAUGAUGGUGCAUCACCAAUCAAGGCUUUGUACGUUAAGAGACGAAUUUUAAAAGUGAUUCUUGAUUUUACUGGGAGCCAGUGCAAAGCAGCUAGUGCAGGAGUGAUGUGAUCUCUUUUCUUAGUUUUAGUGAGAACACGAGCUGCAGCAUUCUGGAUCAACUGGAGGGACCUAAGAGACUUAUUAGAGCAGCCUGAUAAUAAGGAGUUGCAGUAAUCCAAAUAGAUCCACCAACGUCAGCAAGCCAAUGAUACCGGAUGCGUAAUAAUACAAACGGGGGGAAAGCAUGCGUCCACUGAUGCAGGAGAAAGGAAAGAAAGGCAGUGUUGAUCUUGUCAUGGGGUUUAACAAAACGAUAGAGGACCAGCCAUGUUGAGUAAACCCUGUGUGUGUACAGCAGGCAUGUCCUCCCUAUGCACUCUUCUUGGCAUCUUGUAUGUGUGUGUGAUCUGUACGCAACUGCAACCUUGCCUUUAACAAGCCGGACUUCAGGAGCGAGGGCAGUCCUCCUGCGCGCACCCCACCGCGCACAUCUGCAUCCACAGCCACAGACGCUCUCCGCUCCGAGCUCUCAACAUUACAUCGAGACUGUUUCUAUGAAAAGGAUUUUUUAAAAUCAAUUUGCCCAACAGCCGAAGCGACAUCAACUCAAGCCAACCCGCGUCCCCGGGGGUUCCAUAAUCCGUGUUUUUGUUGCUUUAUUGUCCUCGAGAUCAUCGAAACCAUACAAGACAAUGGUGAACAACAGAGAUCGCUGGAGGGUGUACAAGAGGGGGAGUGUCAUGUUCGUUCUGGCCGUGGUCGGGCUGACUGUUGUCCAUAGAGGAAGCAUCAAUAUAGGGGCUCCCUUCCAACUGGAGAGGCUGUCUCGCAUGGGAGGCUCUGAGGGAGUGAAGCAUGGAGCUGCUCGGGAAGACAAAAUGCCCUCGUACCUGGGGAUAAAAAGCUUCUGGAAGGCUAGCAAACGCCAGCCAGUGCCUAAAGCUGGAGCCAACACGCAGCGGCCCAGGAUCACUGAGGACAGCAGACCCAGAACCUGGGACGUGACCACCUCCAACUGCAGCUCCAACCUCAACUUCUCAAGUCAGGAAUGGUUCACAGGACUGGAGGACAAUUUCAAGCAGUUCAUGCUUUAUCGACACUGCCGCUACUUUCCCAUGCUCCUCAACCACCCAGAGAAGUGCACAGGGGAUGUAUAUUUGCUCAUGGUAAUCAAAUCUGUGGCCACCCAGCAUGACCGAAGGGAAGUCAUCCGUAAAACCUGGGGCAAAGAGCAGGUGAUUGACGGGAAAAAAGUCAAGACCCUCUUCCUUCUUGGUAAACCCUCCAGUGUGGCAGAGAGAGUGCACCAUCAGAAGCUAGUGGAGUACGAGGACUACAUCUACAGGGAUAUCCUCCAGUGGGACUUCCUAGACAGCUUUUUCAACCUCACACUUAAGGAGAUUCACUUCCUCAAGUGGUUCCACACUUACUGCCCCACUGUACGCUUUGUCUUCAAGGGGGACGAUGAUGUCUUUGUCAGCGUGGAGAACAUCUUGGAGUAUCUCGAUGGCAGCAACGAUGCGACAAACCUGUUUGUGGGGGAUGUUAUUUUCAAGGCUAAGCCAAUUCGUAGAAAGGAAAACAAAUACUACAUCCCCCAGGCGCUAUAUAAUAAGACACACUACCCUCCAUAUGCAGGUGGAGGGGGUUUUCUGAUGGAUGGGAGCCUGGCAAGGAGGCUUCACUGGGUGGCAGACACCCUGGAGCUCUACCCCAUCGAUGACGUCUUCUUGGGCAUGUGUCUGGAGGUGCUUCAGGUCACUCCUAUAAAACACAAUGCCUUUAAGACGUUUGGCUUGGUGAGAAAUAAGAGCAGUAAGUUGAACAAAGAGCCUUGUUUCUUCAAGAGCAUGAUUGUGGUGCACAAGCUGCUCCCGUCGGACCUCAUGCACAUGUGGAAUCUUGUCAACAGUGACCUGGUCUGCUCGCAGAAAGUGGAGAUCCUAUAGUUGACGGGUCCACCGGGUACGGACAGCAGCGAGCGGAGACGUACCUCGGUGGAUACUAUAAUGCCCGAGAGUCCUGGUAAACCCUCCUUUAUGGGGAGAGGGAAACAUGAGCAAUAUGUAAAUUUGAUUUUUUUCCGGAAAAGUCAAGUAAAUUAUUCAGAGAUUUUAAAGGAUGUAGAAUUGUGUAUUUAUAUCGGCAUUUUGAAUGACUCACACUGUCAGUAUGCAGAUUCAUAGACAACGACCUAAGUUAUGAAUGUCUUGGGCCAGAAACCUUGUGGCAGUGAGCUGUCAUCAAAUCACCAAUGAUAGUGAGCCCAUUAAUGUGAAUCCACUUUAAAAAUGUAGACUAAAAAAUUAUUAUGAGGACAAGUGGUAAACAGAACCCUGAAUAUGUACUUGUAUUAUGUGUCUUUAAAAUAGGAGGGAAAUACUGUUUGGUUUAGUUUAAUCAUGAAAAUAAAAGGGCAGUUACCGUUAGUUGGUGCCUUUAAGUCUUGGGUUCCAAAGCCACUGCACCUCUAGGCAUGCUAACAUUUUGGGUUUGUACUUCGUGUUCCAUGGUUUUACACAUUACACAUUGCCUUCACUUGGACCAGUAUGGCAUGUUGCAGGGGCCUUAAGUCGAGUAAGAGAAUGAAAGAACUCUCUCUACCUCAGUGAUACGGGCCAAAAAAAUCCUUUGAUUGCAUCACUGGUCACCUUUUCUACUCUAAGUGUAACCAGGAUACCCUUAUCUUCAUAUGCGUUAUACGUUUCCUUUAUAUGGAGGUAUGAUUUGAAUCACUUUUGUAACAUAGAGGUCUUUGCACUUUUUUUUCUCCUUUGGGAACAUGACUGACUUGAUCUGUACGUCUACACUCCGACACGACUGGGAAAGAAACGUACCCGUUUGCUGUCAGUGGAUUUGAAUGUGCUGACAUACUUGACAUGGAGGGUUUACAACAACACUGUGAACUAAAACUACUGCUGGUACGAAUACAUGACAUGUUAAUUUAAUCCCCAGUAAAAGGGGGCGAUUGUGGGAUGGGGGUAUUUAAUUUAAAGAGACAAGCAUAUUAAUGGGAUGUUCAUGGUUAUGUAGCUGAAUGUUGUGGGUGUAGUGGGUGAUGAUUAUGUCUUGGUAAUGUAAAUAUAUCAAAAUAAAAAUGUACAUUCAAUGUCAUUUGUAAAUAAAUAAAUAUCUUAACAGUA